ACAACGUGAAAAGAUUGUCCAAUGAAAAUCACCAGCGCCAGACACCCGGACAGCGCCUGGGUAGAGGGGAAGAUGGAGAAUUUCACGGCGCUGUUCGGAGCUCAGGCUGACCCACCACCGCCCCCAACAGCACUCGGCUUCGGACCAGGAAAACCUCCACCCCCGCCACCCCCUCCUCCAGGCGGGGGAGCCGGUACGGCUCCGCCCCCCACCGUGGUCACGGCCCCUCCCGGCGCCGACAAGUCAGCAGCUGGUUGUGGUCCCUUCUACCUAAUGAGGGAACUGCCAGGCAGCACCGAGCUGACAGGCAGCACCAACCUGAUUACACACUACAACCUGGAACAUGACUAUAAUAAAUUCUGUGGGAAGAAAGUGAAGGAGAAGCUCAGUAACUUCCUGCCUGACCUGCCAGGGAUGAUCGAUCUGCCUGGUUCCCAUGAUAACAGCAGCCUCCGCUCCCUCAUUGAGAAGCCCCCUAUUCUUGGUGGCUCUUUCAAUCCUAUCACAGGGACCAUGCUGGCUGGCUUCCGCCUCCACACUGGCCCGCUGCCAGAGCAGUGUCGUCUGAUGCACAUUCAGCCUCCCAAGAAGAAGAACAAGCACAAGCACAAACAGAGCCGUACCCAGGACCCUGUCCCCCCAGAAACACCAUCUGAUUCGGAUCACAAAAAGAAGAAAAAGAAAAAAGAGGAGGAUCCUGAACGAAAAAGGAAGAAGAAAGAGAAGAAGAAGAAGAAGAACCGACACAGUCCAGACCACCCAAGUAUGGGCAGCUCUCAGGCCAGCAGCAGCAGCAGCCUCCGCUAACAGGACCAUGGGACUCCGCCAGGAUGACUUUUGCUGCUGAACUAAACCUGCUGACAGAAGCUGCUUCGGGCUCUUGGACACAGCCUUAGCAGCAUCCCCUGCAGCUGGAACAGAAGCCAGCUCCUAGCGUGCUCGGUUAAGAGUAAUGCAUUAUGAGAGAGAAGGGCCAUGCUUUUCUAAGGCUCAGCCCAGCUUUCUCAUGGACAUCUCUUCAUCUCUUUUGUGCAGUUUGUCUGAUUUAGGACUUUACCUGAUUUGUUAGGGUUUUUCUUUCUUUCUUUUUUUUUUUUUAAAUUGCAUUUAUCAAACUGGCUGAAGUGUGGCUGCCUUUUAAGAGGUAAGUGCCUUUCUAGGAGAGUCAGGGUUUAAGGCAAGGCAUACUAAGAUCUGCGGGGGUUGGGGUCUUGUAUUACAUUAUCUCAUCAGCAGGCAGGGAAACCACCAAAAUGAGACUGGGGACUGUGGACCAAAAGGUAGGCAGAGCUGGCUCGUACCUUCCCACAGUAGCUGUGUCAUCACCUUGCCCGUAAUAUGGAGAACCAAGCACCUGGAUGAGGCUCCAUCUGAAGGGCUGAUCCAGUUAGGGCCCAACCAAGUUCUAGGUCAAUUCUGUGUUGAAACAAUAACCAGCUGAAAAAGUACCCACAACCACCGGUGUAUUUCAACAGGUUGAUUCUUGGUCAAGCCUGUGAUUUCUUUUUCAAGUAAACAUCGGGCAAGCAAAGGUAAAUGCUUCUUAUCUUUAUAAGAACUUUUGACCUGCCUCAUUCCUUAGCUAAGAUGAUGAAAGUAUUUGGCUGAUGUGAAAACAUUUCUAACCUAAGACCAACAAAAAGGCAGCCUAAACUAGCAAAAUGUAAAACAAAUCCCUUCGGUCUUUGUAUAGGACAGGUGACUGAAAACAUCCAUGAGAAAAACCCAAGCUAAUAUAAUCUGACUUAAGCUAAAUUUGACACAGGUCAGUUAAAUAAUCUGUUUUGAGCCAAGGCUGUUCCUAGAUCAGGAGGCAGAAAACCACUCAUUUAGCUCGUUUUAAUCUAGAAUUUCAGAGCAAGAGUUUAUAUACUUAAGUUAUGGACAGUGAAAAUAAAGGGUUCUGGCCAGUUUUCUGA